AUGGCGGCACAUGUCGUACAAGCCCAGGACCGUGACUCAGUGGACACAAGUAUUACUUAUCAGAUUCAGAGCGUCUCUGAUGGAGGUGCUGGCAAGUUUACAAUUAGUAAUACCAAUGGGCAGUUGCUUCUUCGGGCCGUAGUGCAAGUUGGUGAAGAGUACACGAUCAUUGUCAAUGCUACUGACAGCACCGUACCAAGAAGGAGUGCCUCAGUACUUGUGUAUGUCACAAUAACUUCCUCUGGCAACAAAGACCCCCAGAUACCAGCAGGUCUCUAUACAGUCUAUGUCAGUGAAGGCAUUGAUGUCAACAGAGAUAUCUUCACAAUACCGGCAACAGAUCCAGAUAACCAGGCUCUUACCUUUUCCAUCAUUAAUGGAAAUAAUGGCAAUACAUUCGUUAUAAACAAUAAUGGCGUUGUGAGCAACCGAGUGACACUUAAUCGAGAGACAGUACCAGAGUACAACCUCACCAUCACUGCUUCAGAUCUCGGAACUUCUCCAGCAUCCACUGUGUUGAGAGUCAUUGUCACCGAUGUCAAUGACAACUCUCCAGUCUUCCUCAACAGUGUCAACAACAGAUAUUUCUUCAAUGUCCAAGAAGGUCAAACACCCCCUGCUACAGUUGGAAGUGUUGCUGCUGUGGAUGGUGAUCAGAGUGACCGGCGAAUCACCACACUUGUUCCACUCGACUAUGAGACCCAGCAACAGCAUGAGUUCACAGUGAGGGCCAUUGACUCGGGGGCUUCACCCAGGGCCAAUGUAGCCACUGUUGUUGUCAGUGUCAUCGAUACACAGGACAGCAUACCAUUGUUUGUUAGCGUUGACUACGAAGGAUCCAUACAAGAAAAUCUCAACGGAACAUCUGUUCUCACAGUUUCGGCAGUCGAUGCCGACCAGACAGACAACAUAGUCUACCAGUUUGCUGGUGGAGAGUUCCAAUCAUUUUCGAUAAACCCAACAACUGGUGUUAUCAGCACUGUCAUACCACUAGACUAUGAAGUUAAGAAUCGGUACUUGUUCACCGUGACAACAUCGGAUGGGGUGAACACAAAUGCUGUCUCCUCCACUGCCACUGUCACCAUCAGUGUUAUUGACCAAAAUGACUUCACCCCAGUGCUAACAACAAGCACUUUGGUUGACACCAUCUCAGUAUUGGAGAAUCUGGUAUCAGCAACGUGUCACCCCCCCUCUGGCACACAACUGUUCUUUAUCAACCCUACCACAGGACAACUGGUGCUGCGGAAUCCAUUCACUGAUGAUCCUGGUGUUCCAACAUAUACGGUCACCAUCUUAGGCACCAAUGAAGGAUCCCCUUUUCGAGCUGGAGUUCUCACCCUGACAGUAAAUGUGAUCAGGAACACGGCACCUGUGUUCAACCCUACCACUCUCCCGGCUAAUAUUGAUGAGAACAGCAUCAAUCAGGUUGUUUCAGUCAUCACAGCCACUGCCACUGACGUGGACACUGUCAGCCCCUUCAAUGUGCUGACCUACACACUGCGUGGUGAUGGACCUGCUCUUGAUUAUUUCCAAAUCAACUCUGCCAGUGGAGAAAUUCAAACCAGAGCCUUACUGUCUUCAACUACUGAUAGAUCAUUCACUCUGCGUGUUCGAGCAACUGAUGGUGGAGGACUGUUUGCUGAUUUGCGGAUUGAUCUCACUGUGAACAAGAACCUCAAUGCACCCACACUGAGUCAACAGAACUACACUGAGACCAUCUUUGAGAACCGUGCUUUGGGAUCUGUUAUUACUACAAUCAGGGCUAAUGACGCUGACAGACAGCCCCCUCACAAUGAGCUGUCUUACAGUAUAACUGGGGAUGCCACUGCUCAGCAGUUCUUUGCUGUCAACAAUCGAGGUGAAAUCUACCUUAUUAGAUCUCCUGCCGAAAACCAAGCCAUUAGCAGAUUUAAUAUGAUCGUUGAUGUCCGUGACCAAGGCCUUCCAACCAGCAGGCCAGCAAAUCCAAACCCAGUCUUUGUCACCAUCAAUGUGAUACGCAAUGCCAACCCACCCAUCUUUUUCACAAGAGAGUACAACAGGGUCAUACCUGAAAACACAACAAUAGGCCAGUUUGUGGAAACAGUCACAGCUGCAGAUGCUGACUCACAGGGAAACUUUGGUACUCUGAGAUACAGCAUUAUUGGAGAUGUCACAGCUGAUACUUAUUUCCAAAUAAAUCAGAACAGUGGAAUUGUGUCAGUGAGAACUAGCCUGACAAACACACCCAUCAAUGACUUCACAGUCCGUGUUGUGGCACAAGAUGGCGGAACCCCUCCGCGGUCUGCCAUAGCACUGCUGUAUGUAACAGUUACAAGAAAUUUUCAACGUCCAGUGUGGAGUUCUGCAGCGUAUACCAUCGAGAUCCCGGAGACAACCCCAGUGCUUGAGAAUAUCCUGCGUCUUACAGCAAGAGAUAGCGAUGCCCAGCCCCCCAACAAUGAAGUGACGUAUGAGCUUGUAGGAGAUGCUGUACAACUCUAUUACUUUGAGAUUGUCAGUUCCACUGGUGAUAUCCGCCCGAGGCGUCCACUUACUUCCGAUACAAAAAGAAGAAGUCAGUUUAAUUUUGUUGUGAUCGCUCGAGAUAAAGGCAGCCCUCCUCUCACUGCUGCAUUCAAUGCCUCUGUGACAAUAUCAGUGUUCAGAAACAACAACGCCCCUCGGUUCAUCCAGGAUCCCUACUCCAUUACAGUAUCUCAGGGCCUGGGCAGUGGCACGGUCAUCUCUGUCAGGGCAGUUGAUGAUGACCUUUCUACGGAAUUCAACCAGAUCUCAUAUUCCAUUAAGGGUCCAGCAAAUGCUCUGGCUCUGUUUACAAUUGAUGGGUUAGGCAAUAUUCAGGCAACAAACCCUGCAGCUAUCAACAGUGCCUCAGAGACAAAUUAUAAGAUUUAUGUUCGAGCUGAGGACAAUGGCAGUCCCAGACUAUACGACAUUGCCCUUGUUGAACUCACCAUCAACCGGAACCUGAACCCACCCAUCUUCAACCCCGUCACCUAUGAAGAGACCAUUCUGGAGACCUGGCCAAUUGGAGACGUGGUUCUCAGAGUGACAGCUUCAGAUGCUGAUAACCUGGUCAUUUGGAAUGCCAGGAUCUGGAUAGUAUAUUGGCAUCGGAGGAUUUUUCUACAACACACACAAGUGUAACUUGCAACUCUUUCUGAACCUUCGCAUUGGACAAUGUGUCAGUCUGGUGGUCACGCCGAAUGUCCAGAUUCCAUUUCCAUGUUCAUAUUUUGUGAAUAUUGUGGAACAAGUGCAUAACAAUAUGUAUAUACUCACUUACCUAAACAUCGCAUGGAUCGUAACCGACGACAUCAAGCUCGAGGUACAGUCGCAGAGCUAAGACACGUGUGCCACUAGUCAGACGAAGACACGCCAGUCAGGGUCGGGGUCGUUGUUCGCUGUUUUCAACGGUUUAGAAAAUUUUAGCGGUUCUGAAACUGUAUGACAAGCUAUAUCAGCUUUGUUCAGUUUCCCUAUGACUCUACAUUGUGCAAUGGGAAACAUGCGGAUAGUCAGAAAGGGCAUCUGGUUUUAGAGUAUCUUCAUUUUGGUGCCAGUCAUGAGACUGGGAAAACUAAUGGGGAUCAUAUUGAAAGUAAGAUUGGCAGGGGUGUCCUUCGCAGACUCAUCGGACAUACAUCUCAGAUGGAUUCGGGAAGACCAUUCCAAAUGCUCUUAAUGAGCGUCAUUUGCAUUAGUACCUGGCACAAGUCCAUUCGAUGUUUCUGUACAGAUAUUGUCACUUUCUACCAAACGUUGAAUCUACACAGAGCAAACAGAGAAGAUCAGGUCGCCGAACACUAAAGAUGGAGAAUGUAUGAGUGGCACCCACACAAGUGUAAAAUUUAGAAACAUCUCAUUGGAGUUUUGCUGAUUUUCAUCAACAAUAAAUGCUAAAUAUAAAUUUCCUUUGUCAGCAUGCAUCGGGAGUGAUUUGGACCAGUGACGAGUACGAAUUUCGUGUUUACAGACCUCGUUAGGAACAUUAUGCUCGCAACUACAUACAGGUUUAGUUGGUGGAAUGUAAAGAUGUGGACCGCCAUCUCCCACCUGGUACACGUGCAGUGCAAUUUACGUCACAACGUUAACAGAUGAAAUUAUUCGGCCACAAAUCCUUCCCAUUAUGCAACAGACAAAUGUCAGUUUUCAACACGACAACGCCCGACCUCACACGGCAAGACGAACGUCUUUUUGAGGAACACAACAUCCAAGUACUGCCAUGACCCCAAGGUCUCCAUAUCUGCACCCCAUA